ACCGAUUUGAAAGUUAUCCCAAGCUAAAAGCACAAUUUUUCGUGAGCUUUUAAGAAGAGGCUUUUUCUUAUUUUAAUUUGGGUUGCAGCCUUAACAAAAUAUUUUCCUAUAAUAAAAAAGAGCAGACAUUAAAAUUGUUAGAGAUACUGCCAUAAAUGCCCUCCCAUUUUCGGUCAAACCCCCACGCUCUGUCCACAUGCUUUCCCUGCAGAUGAAUCAAAUAAAGGUUAAACCGGCGACUCUAUGCCACGAGCAGGCCUUAAUUUAGAGAGAGAAAUACACACAGAUGAAAUACAGGGGCGAUGAGAUUAUGUGCGGCUUUAGAGAGAGAAACAAUGUCCCUCCUUCAAAGCUCCACCACCCUCAAAGACCUCCACCAAAUCCACUCUUUCAUGGUCAAGACCUCUUUAGACCACAACAACUUCUUAGUAGCCAAGCUCUUGGCGUGCUCUUCCUCUCUCUCUUCUCCCUCCAAUUCCAUGGUCUACACCCAAUCCAUCUUUGACAUUAUUGAAUCACCUGACACCUUUAUCUACAACACCAUGAUCAGAUCUCACCUUAAUUUCCAUAAUUCUCAGGAACCCAUUUCUCUAUUCGAUGAAAUGCUCCGGAGAAAUAUGCAGUUUGACAAUUAUACCUUUUCGAUGGUCCUCCAAGCUUGUGGCCGCUCUCCCUCUCUUCGUCAAGGAGAGAGAAUCCACACCCAGUUCGUGAAAUCGGGUUUUGCUUGGGAUUUGUUCGUAAAAACUGAAUUGAUGAUCAUGUACUUGAAAUGUGGAGAGCUUAAGAGAGCCCAAUGUGUGUUCGAUGAAAUGGGUGAGAGAGACUUGGUUGCUUAUAACGCAUUAUUAGCAGAGCUUUUGAGGAUGGGUGCAUUAGGUUUGGCUCAAAAACUCUUCAACGACAUGCCUGUGAGAGAUUUGGUUUCUUGGAAUACAAUGAUACAUGGGUACGCCCAAAACGGUGACACGGAUAGUGCUCGUUGCAUGUUCGAUUCGAGCUCGAAUAAAGAUCUAGUUUCAUGGAGCUCAAUGAUUGCCGGUUACACCAGAACUAGAAGGCCUAACGAUGCUCUAAGACUAUUUUAUGAUAUGCAAUUAGCUAAUGUUAAACCUGACAAAAUAACUGUGGUCAGUGUUCUCUCUGCAUGUGGAGACUUGGGUGCCAUAAACACAGGUAUAAUGAUUCAUGAAUAUGUUAACAAACAUGGGAUUGAAUUGGAUGUUAAGCUCGGAACCGCUCUUAUAGACAUGUAUGCAAAGUGUGGGAGCAUAGAGAAUUCGCUUAGAGUCUUCGAGAAAAUGGUAGGGAGAGAUGUGCUAGCAUGGAGUGCCAUGAUCAUAGGGCUUGCUAACCAUGGGCUAGCAAAGCGUGCUCUUUGCCUCUUCUCAUCCAUGAUAGCAAGAGGAAUCGAACCAUAUGAUAUUACGUUCGUAGGGAUCUUAACGGCAUGUAGCUAUACAGGAAUGGUUGAUACAGGGAAACAGGUGUUUCAAGCCAUGAAUGAAGUAUAUAAGAUUAGUCCUAAAAUUGAGCAUUAUGGAUGUAUGGUCGAUCUCUUAGGGCGUGGAGGGCUCCUUAACGAGGCGAAAGAGCUCAUAGAGAGCAUGCCUAUUGACCCAGAUGCCAUUGUUUGGAGAACUCUUCUUGGGGCCUGCCGAAUCCAUAAGAAUGUAAGUUUAGCUGAGGAAGCUGCUAAAAAACUCAUCGAAUUGGAGCCUCGAGCUGAUGGGAAUUACGUGCUUUUGUCGAAUAUUUAUGCCCAAGAGAAUAGAUGGGAUGAGGUUUCAAGGGUUAGGAGGUUGAUAAAGGAGAAGGGGAUUCAAAGGGUGCCAGGAAGCAGUUCAAUUGAGGUUGAUAACAGUGUUCAUGAAUUUGUUGUGGGAGAUAGGUCACACACUAUGUCGAAGGAGAUCUAUGGGAUGUUGGGUGAGAUUUCUAGAGAGUUGAGAGAAGCUGGGUAUGUUCCAAACACUUCUUUUAUACUGCAAGAUGUUGAUGAGAAAGUCAAAGAAGAGGCACUUGAGGCUCACAGUGAGAAGCUAGCCAUUGCGUUCGGGCUCUUGAGCACGGCUCCAAGGUGCACAAUUCGGAUUGUGAAGAACCUACGUAUAUGCGAGGAUUGCCACUCUUGGAUUAAACUUGUUUCGAAGAUAUACUAUCGAGAUAUAAUAGUUAGGGACCGAAAUCGGUUCCAUCACUUCGUGAAAGGAUUUUGUUCUUGCAGAGACUAUUGGUGAAUGGUUUCAUCAAGAGAAAAGGAAAUGGAGAGGGAGGUGGUUUUGAAUAAUGAAUUGUGGGUUGGAUUGGGAGGCCUAUUAAUCUGUGUAGUCGUUCAAAUCAAAAGUACUGAGAAAUUUAACAUUGAAAGAGGGAGGGAGGGAGGUGAUGACUGAUUUUGUCCCGUAAGGAAGAGCUUGAUUAUUAAGAUAACCAGUUUGGAAAAGGUAAUUAUGACAAGUUUUGGGCAACUUAGGUGAUAAGAAUAAUCCCUUCAUCAAUUGAUGCAAAAAAUAAAAAUAAAAAAUAAAUUUUUAUGCUUAUAUCUCCUAUAAUUCACGUUAUUUAAAAUUACUUAUUUUUUAUUUUUACUUUCUUACCCAUUUUUUCUAUUUUUUUUUAAAAAACCAAAUUGCCGGAUCAUUAAGAUCUGAAAUUAUAUAUCUUUUAAAAUUUACUUAUUUUUUUAUAAUUUUUGGAUUUUGGAUAUCCAGAAAUUUUUUGAGUCCAAAAAUUUCUACCAGAUUU